AUGAGAAUAAUUCUUGCCAUCUCAUUCCUCUUUCUCACAACCUCGUCGUCAUCAAUCAUCCACGCCUGUCCCAAUUCAAACUGCGGCGACUUGUUCAUCACUUAUCCUUUCAAACUGCAGAACUCGACUGCCGAAAACGGCUGCAGCUACGUCGAUCUGCGAUGCAACGUGGCAUCGCAUGAUUCGACCGUGAUGAAUCUCCCGAACGCGGGAGAUUUCUACGUGCGUAACAUCUCCUACGACUACGAGAAUCCACACAUACAGCUCUACGACGCCGGAAACUGUCUCGUCCGGCGCCUCAUCAGCAGCAGCCUCAGCCUCAGCCUCGCCUCCUCGCCUCCUUUGGAGGCGCUCGGAGCAAUAUACGCCGUCUACACGUGCCCGGCAGCCGCCGUGAAUACAACAAGAGACGCUUUGUUAUAUGGAAUCGAAUGCCUUAGCAACACAACAAACGUCACAGUUGCUGUAGAUAUUCCACCAUCAAUGGACUUGGAAGCCAUUGGCUGUCAAGAAAUUGGGAGCUAUUAUCUCCCAUUUCCAUCGUCGACUAAUGGAUUCAACGGAGAUCUCAUCUUGACAUGGGAUUCAGCAAGCUGCCCUGCCUGCGCGAUUACAGAAGAUAAUAACUCGUGGAACGGAUUCUCUGGAUCGCCCUAUUUCAAUUUAAUUUUUGUAGUGACAGUAGUGGUGGUUACAACCGCUUCGUUUCUCACUACAAGAAAAAUAAUUGGGAGGCUCAACCCCAACGCCGCCGCUGCCGGUGGCAGCGCCGCCGCCGCCGGCUUGAAAGCAUUGUUGAUUGUGGGAGUGAUUCUCAUGGGUGUCCCAUUUGCUUGGAAAGCUUUGAAGCUGAAGAGCUUGUUAGAAGCAUUGUCCCUUGCCACCAUUGCUUCCAUGCUCAAUGUAUUCUCACAUGGUUAA